AUCCACCGACAUGAAGUCGAUACUGAAUCAGCAACAAGGAGACAACUAAAUAGGCUUGAUUGCUUGCUGUUCACAUCUAAUUUAAAGUUCGUACUCAACUUUUCUCUUAUCAACCAAUUGAUCUCUCCCCAACCCCGGGAUUGUCAGAAGACAUGCCGCAAACCCUCUCACACCCGCCGCCGCAAGCCAGCCAAGCAGAAGCCCCCAACACCCGGCACGUCCUCAUCUACUUCAUAACGGGAAACCCGGGCCUAAUUGACUACUACGAGCCCUUCCUCUCGACCCUCCGCACCCUCCUAGACGGGCCACCCAGCACCACCACCACCACCACCACCACCCGCCCCACCGCUCUCCACAUCCACGGCCGCAACCUCGCCGGCUUCGACGACGACGACGACGACGACAACGCCGCCACAGAACCCCACCAACCCCCCCACGACCUAGAAUCCCAAAUCCAGCACGUCCUCUCCGCCCUCACCUCCCACACCGUCCCCACCCCGGGUCCCCGGCACAGCACCCCCUUCGACAACGUCAUCCUAAUAGGCCACUCAGUAGGCGCCUACAUCCUCCUAGAAACCUUCCACCGCCGUCCCCCGGGCCUCAACCUCACCUCCGGCAUCCUCCUCUUCCCAACCGUAACCCACAUCUCCCUCUCCCCCGCCGGCAGGCGCCUGACCCUCCUCACCUCCACCAUAGCUCCAACCCUCCUAACCCCAGCCCUGUCCCUCGCCCGCGCCGCCGCGUCCCUGGCCCCGGACGCGCUCCUGUCAUUCCUGCUCCAGGGCCCGCUGGGGGGUAGGCAAUCGCGGGCCGCGGCGGGCGUGACGGCGCGGUUCCUGCGCAGCCGGGGCGGGAUCCGGCAGGCCUUGCACCUCGGGGCGGACGAGAUGCGGGUCAUCGGGGAGGAGGUUUGGCCUGAGGAGUUGUGGGAGGUAGCGGGCGGGGAGGACGGGGAGGGGGAGAAGGAGGGGGUGCCCAAGUUCUUCUUUUACUUUGGGGAGAAGGACCAGUGGGUUGCUGAUGAAUGUCGGGAUCGGUUUAUUGAGAAGAGGAGGGAGCAUGCGAGUAGAGAGGGGGAGGGGAGGAGGCGUGGGAGGACGAGGAUCGUGGUGGAUGAGGAUGAUAUACCCCAUGCGUUUUGUAUCAAUCACAGUGAGAUGGUGGCCGAGAAGGUCAAGCUGUGGAUUGACGAGAUUGUUGAGAGCUUAUAGAUGAGUAGUAGGCUUUUGCUUACCUCUACUCAGGGGGGUUGUGCUAUAGAGGAGUUGGGAUGAUGCUAGGAUAUACAGGCAUGUUUUAGGACUCGUCACUUGUUAGCCAAGGUGUAUAUAUCUAGUAAUAGUUCUAUGCGGCUCAGCAAGGCGUAAUUCCAUGAAUAGCACGAAAUAGAAGAUAAAGGCAGAAGGUCAAGAAUAUAGCUCAGAAGGGUACCAUGACUUGAACCCGCAUGCUUCACAGCGCGCUGCGAAUCCAGAG